AUGCCGGCGGGAGCUAAUAAUGCUGUAGCCGACAUCCCUUUUCCAAUUCAAGCAGCAGCACCUGCAGCUGCAGCAGCACCAGCACCGGCACCUGUAGCUGCAGCACCAGCACUAGCAGCACCGGCAUCUGUAGCACCAGCAGUACCGGCACCUGUAGCUGCAGCACCAGCACCAGCAGUACCGACACCUGUAGCUGCAGCACCGGCCGCACCGGCACCUGUAGCUGCAGCACCUAUAGCUGCAGCACCAGCAUCAGCAGCUCAAGAAGCUGUUGCAGUAGCAGUUGAUAUUUUGAAUUUACUGAAGUCAAACAUGGAUAUACAAUUUAUUUGUGAUCCAUAUGCAUGUGUAAGUUAUUUAACUGAUUAUAUAGUAAAAGUUGAAAAGGAUAUGGCAAAACUAUUUAGAACUUUGAUUGAGCAAUUUGCUCACGAAGACUUUACUAACCUUGAAAAAGUUAAGAAAUUCGCAAAUGCGUUUAUUAAUACGAGAGUAUUAGCAGCUCAAGAAGCUGCUGCACUUGUACUUCAUUUGUCAUUCUUUAAAGCAUCUCGAAAAGGAAUAUUUGUUCCUACUUUUCCGAUGGAAGAAAGAAAUCGAGUGGUUAAACGGAAAAAAGAACUAUCAAAAAUGGUACCUGAGUCAACAGACAUCUAUCAAGAUAAUAUAAUCGAAAAGUAUUACAAGCGAGACAAGCAAUAUGAAUCGAUGUGUUUAGCUGAUUUCGCCACUGGAUAUAGCGAUCCCAAAUAA